AUGGCUAAAAAGACGAAAAAGGAUAAGGAGGCUAAGAAGGCUCGUGCCGAAGCUAAAAGUAAGAAAAACUCAAUAAAAGCAGAUGCAAAAAAUAAAAAAUUGGCUAAAAAGUUAGGCGAUGUUGAAGAGAAUGAUUUGGAUAUUGAGGAAGUAUUAGCUACUUUUAAGAAGGAACAAGAGCAAUUCGAACAAGUCACUACCGUACCAAUUCAAAAGCCAUCCAAAAGAAUAAGCCCAUGUAUAUUCAGUAAUCCACUACAUGGUAAGUCUGAACUUUUGAUUUUUGGUGGAGAAACUACGGUCGGUGGCAACACAGUUUUUUAUAAUGAGUUGCUAAGCUAUAAUCCUACCAAUGAUCAAUGGAAAAAAACUACAUCUCAAAACUCACCAAUGCCAAGAUCUUCAGCGGCUGUAGCUACACAUCAAAGUGGGAUUGCUUUGAUCCAUGGUGGCGAAUUCUCUUCUCCCAAACAGAAUACUUUUUAUCAUUACUCAGAUACAUGGUUGUUGGAUUGUUCAACUAAAGAAUGGACCAAAAUAGAACAGAAAAACGGACCCAGCGCUCGUUCAGGUCAUAGAAUGACUAGUUGGAAAAAUUACAUAAUUUUGCAUGGUGGGUUCAGAGAUCUGGGUACUUCAACAACGUAUUUGAAUGAUUUAUGGUUAUUUGAUAUUACUACAUACAAAUGGAAGCAGGUUGUAUUUCCGCCAAAUCAUUUGGUUCCAGACGCUAGGUCUGGGCAUUCUUUGAUUCCAGCACAAGAUGGUGUCAUUUUAUGGGGUGGUUAUUGUAAAGUUAAAGCUCGUAAAGGUUUACAAAAGGGUAAAAUUUUGACUGACUGCUGGUUUUUGAAAAUGAAAUCAGAUCCAUCUGCUAUUAGAUGGGAAAGAAGGAAAAAACAAGGAUUUCAACCUUCUGCCAGGGUCGGUUGCUCAAUGUCUUACCAUAAGGGCAGGGGCAUUUUAUUUGGUGGUGUGUAUGAUUUUGAGGAAACUGAGGAGACAUUAGAGUCUAUUUUUUUUAAUGAUCUAUUUUCCUAUCAAAUUGAAACUAAUAGAUGGUACAAUUUGUCACUAAGACCACAAAGAAAGAAAAAUAAAUUGCUUGUGAAAAAUAAUAAUAAAAAUAGAGAUGACGAAUUAGAAGAAUUACUAAAUAGUAUUUUAGAGAAGGCAAAUUUGAAUGAUAAAGCUAGCGGAGAUUCAAAUGAUACUGCUGAUGAUGAUGCUGCUAGAAAUGAAAUUGAAAAUGAGCUACAAAAAUUAGAAAAUAAUGACGAUGCUUGUGGUUCUUGUGAAGAAGCUGAAAAUAAAAAGGAAUACGAAGUUUCUGGGAAAUUACCACACGCAAGAUUUAAUGCAGCAACGGCCGUGGUUGAUGACACCUUUUUUAUUUUUGGUGGUGUAUGGGAAUAUGGUGAAAAAGAUUACAGUAUUGACUCUUUCUAUAGCAUCGAUUUAAAUAAAUUGGAUGGUGUUAAAAUUUUUUGGGAGGAUCUAGAAGAAGUUACCAGAGCCGAAGACUUGGGUGACUUAGAUAGUGAUGAUGACGAGGAGGAAGAUGAUGAUGAAGAAGAGGAAGAUGAUGAUGACGAAGAGGAAACUAAAAAUGAAAAACUUAUUGCAGAAGACGAAGAGGAAGAGGAAGAAUAUGGUGUUGAUGCUGAAGAAGAGCCUGAAAUUCCAGAUCCGCGACCAUGGCUGCCACAUCCAAAACCAUUUGAAACAUUACGUGCCUUUUAUUUGCGUACUGGUGCUGAUUUCUUGACUUGGGCUAUUUCAAAUAAAAGGGAUGCUAGAGGUAAACAUUUAAAGAAGCAUUCGUUUGAUUUAUGCCAAGACCGUUGGUGGGAAAGACGUGAACAAGUUCGUAUUGAAGAAGAUAAAUUAGAAGAAUUGGGUGGUAUUGGUGAAGUUAUUGAAAAAGACACAUCAAAGAAUGUCAAAAGAAGAUGA